AUGGCAACAACGCUACCAAGGCCAUCUCGUCCUUCCAACGGGCCGCCCACAAUGGCCCUCCCCGCCCUACCUAUCGCCAAAACUCGCAAGAGCACAGGCAACAUUCCAACACCUGCAAGCAGGUCCAUUCCCAACACUCCGAAUCCCAAGAGCGGGCUCAGGGCACCAUCUACGAGCUUCGCACCACCGACCUCCCCCGCCCCGACAUCCGCACUGCCACAGCCAAGGUCGUCAUCUGCUCUGGGCACGCCAGCCCGGACACUUCGAAAGACUGUGAGCAUCAACUCGUUCCCACAACCACCACGAAGUGAAGGGCGGGUGAGCAGCUUGCCACCGAGUCCUCUCGGAGCCGAUUCCCCAAGAAACUCUGUCCGAAAAUCGCGAGCUUCACUCGCACCCUCAUACUCCCAUCUCAGCAACGGUACCCCGAGCCUCCUCAACAACAGUGGCGAGGGCAAGUCAAUAUCUAGUGCCAGCGUGCGCAUGUCGGAUGGACUCAUCAGCAUCUCGUCUCCACCUCAGAGUAGGAGUUCCUCGGCGCAAGAUUCAUAUUCCACCUCAGCAACCACCUAUGACGAUCCUGUCGACGGAGCAGCGUCCAAAGGUGCCGAUGCAAGCGACAAAAGAUCAUCCAAACUUGAAGGCAAGGGCAACGUGCUUGUCAGCGUCCGUGUGCGUCCCGACGCCAAUGGAAGCGACAACAACAAGUCAGAAGGCGAAUGGAUGGUCGAUGGCCGCAAGUCGCUUGUCGCAUAUCGCGGCAAAGACGGAGGAGACCACUACUACGACAAUGUUUUCUCGACACACGACGACAAUGGUCGGGUAUAUGACCACAUUGCCAAGCGCUUGGUACGCCGGGUCAUGGAGGGCUAUCACGGAACUGUCUUCGCCUACGGUAUGACUGGUACUGGUAAAACUUUCUCCAUGCAAGGCACGGCAUCAUCUCCUGGUGUUAUACCGUUGGCAAUUACGGAUAUCUUUUCGUACAUCCGGGAGACGCCCUCGCGCGAGUUUCUUCUGAGAGUCAGUUACCUCGAGAUUUACAACGAGCGGAUCCACGAUUUGUUGAGCAUGUCGACCGCCGGAGUAGGCGUCAAUGCUGGGCAAGAGGAGAUCAAACUCAGGGAAGACGCCAAGCGCGGCGUCUAUGCCAGUCCCUUGAAGGAGGAAAUCGUCCAAAGUCCCACUCAGCUGCUGCGGGUGAUCGCUCGUGGAGACCAGGCGCGUAGGACGGCGAGCACGCAGUUCAACGCCCGAAGCUCUCGCAGUCACGCCGUCGUCCAGAUCGUGGUAGAGAGUCGUGAGCGCAUCCCGGGCAACACGGGGGGCGAGAGCAAACGCUCUGGCAUGCUUCCUGGCGGUGUGAGGGUAUCGACCCUAAGCCUAAUUGAUUUGGCCGGUUCAGAAAAGGCCGCCGAGUCGAAGGAGAGACGAACCGAGGGCUCCCACAUCAACAAGAGUCUGCUGACUCUUGGAACUGUCAUCUCAAAGCUCUCCGACAGCAAAGACAAGGAGGGAAAAUCCGCCGACAAGGACGGAAAGCAUCUCCCUUAUCGUGACAGCAAGUUGACCCGGCUUCUGCAAGGAGCUUUGUCCGGUAAUUCUCUUGUCAGCAUCCUUUGCACCAUUCAGAUUGGCUCUGCAGGCACCGCAGCAACGUCAAACAGCCACACCGCGGAGACGAUCAAUACGCUGAAAUUUGCCUCUCGAGCAAAGAACAACAUCGUCAGUCACGCCAAGAAGGCCGAGGAAGCACUGGGCAGUGGUGGUGAUGGAGGUGCCAGAGUGUUGUUGGAGCGAUAUCGCGUGGAGAUUGCCGACUUGCGACUGCAACUUGAUACCCAGGCAAAAGCGAAGAAGCAGCAAAACGCCGAAGAGGAGAAGACGCGUGAUGUGGAAGAGGAGAAGGUCCGAGAGCUGGAGGCUGAACAUCGUCACGAAGAGCAGAUGCUCGAGAUGCACUUGGCACGAACCGCACUCAAGGAGCGCAUCGAUCACCUCAACCGCCUCAUCCUGAGCUCCAAAUCGACCGGCGUCAAUAGCGGCACCUUUAGCUCUCUCGGCGUCCGGUCCUCCAUGCUUUCUUCCAGGUCAUCAAUGGCGACCCCGAGCAGCGGACGGCCUCUGGUCGAAAGGACAUCCUCCAUGACCUCUGCGACGUCCACCAUAGGGCGCCGAUCAAGUGGCGGCGCUAAGCGGUUUUCUGGCGGUGAAACGGCACCUGAAGACGAGGACAGUACGGGCGAGUACGGAGACGGCACCGCCUCGCUGACAGCCCAAAACCGUGCUUUGCAAGCCGACCUGGCAGACAAGACGCGAUACAUUCAAACGCUAGAGAAGCGAUUGAUGCAAGCGCGGCGGGCCAGCUCGUCUCGGACGUCUAUUGGAUUCUCCGCGCCGAACAAGGGCAUCAUGGUGGGCGAAGACCACAGUGUCUCGACGCUGUUGAAGGACAAGGACACGGAGAUUGCCGACCUCCGGGCCAGGUUAGAUGACAAGGACCGCAUGCUCGCUGCACUGCGAAGUGCGGCCCGGUCUCGGGACACUGCUGAGGGCACCUCGGAUAACCGAACCUCAUCAAUCUUCGACAGCAUCGGGCCGCCCCCUACAAGUCCUCCCGCCGCUGCGGCACCCCUAUUCCCAGAUGGCCGCAAUCGACGAAAGAGUGUGGAUGAGAUGAGCAAGAUGCUUGACGAGAUGAUCCACGAACGCGUCGAAAACGGCCAGAUCGUGCGUGGCAAUCGGGGCAGCGUACGAGUCGUCAAUGAACGCAGACUCGAGCCCCUACCCGAGCCAGCGACUGGGUUGGAGCCACUUCGGCAGAGCCCGACGUUGGAGGAUGCGCCAAAGGUGCUUGUGGAGGCGUGA